UCUGCGAGUUCGCUGGCACAGUUGUCAUGUUCACCGGUGACAAGUGGCUACAUCACCGGAGAAGUCAUUAGCGGCCGGCGAAAUUACUUAAAAUUUCUGAGAUUCCAAACUUCUCUGCCACACACGAUUUAAAUUUCUCCGGUUUUCAGGAUUGUUUUGCUCCUGGCGAUGGAAACCUUGAGAAAAGGUUAUGGUUUUGUGUCACUGGAAUGGUACUAUCAAGUAUGGUCCUGAUGGCGUAUACUAUGAAGGUUUAACUCCUACAAAGAUCAGAGUUAGGCAAAAGACUGCCUUGAGUACGUUGUUGAAUGGGCUUUAUCCAAUUUUUGGAUUAGAUAAGCAGAAAUCAGAGUUCAAAAUCUUCGGUAGGUACCCUGUAGUUGUUUCACCGGAUCUGUUUACGUAUCUACUCCUUCCUGUGGUGAACGACACUAGUUUGGAGACUAUGCUUGAGGUUCCAACCAAUCAUCCUUCUAUUAAAGAUGUGGAGUUGUAUUUGGAAGUGAAAUCGACUUCUGAUGAUGUUGCUGUUCCUGCUGCUUGUUCAUCACUAUUUGAAAACCCUGGUACUUCGUCAAAAAGACAGAGGACCCAACAACCCCCAGAAGCUACUGGUUAUGUGACACAUCCAUCUGUUAAAUUAGAGCGGGAUGUUGGGUUAAAGGUUUGGAGAGUGGAUAACAGUAACGGGUGGAUUGAAGACGAGGCAGGUGCUGAUAUUGGAAACAGUAGCACUCAUGGAGGUGGAGAUGGAGAAAUGACAGAUAAAAACUCAGGUUCGGAUGGGGUGGAGGAGGUGGUUAACUUGACAGCGGAUAACGAUAGUGCACACAAGGGUUUGAAUGUGCCAGACUUAGAGGCAUCUGCAAAUGCUUGCUUAUUAAAGAAAGGGGUCAAUUCAAGUCCUUUAAAACCGCAGAUUAUGUCCAGUUUGUGGGUUGAUGAUCAUGAAUUGCGCGUGGGGUUGUGUUUUAAAGAUAGAUAUGAGCUAAAGAAAGUAGUGGACUGGUGCUCCUUUAGAGGGGGGCAAAGGUGUGUAGUAAAAGAGAUUAAGAAGGACGAGUAUCUGUUUGAGUGCAUUAGAUGGAAAUGCAAUUGGUCGCUUCUGGCAGCUAGAAUGGAAGACCACGGGUUUGUUGAGAUAACCAAGUGUAGUGGUCCACAUACUUGCUGUUCUAUUGAGCCGGAUAGUUUCGAUGUAGAAUUUGCAGCAGAUGAGAUUGAAUGUCUGAUCAGGGUACAACCCACUCUAACAAUUGCAGAGUUGAAAGAUUGGUGGUUUAAAAAAUUUGGCUGCAAGCUUGAGACUGCAAAGAUGCAGGCAGCAAAAAAGGAAGCGAUAAGAAAAACAUAUGGGGAUUGGGAUCAAAGUUUCAGAUUAUUGCCCAAAUUAAUGGCUGCGUUUCACUCAUCUAAUGGGCUACUUGUUGACUGGCAAUACGAUAGUUUUCCUAAUUCUGAAUUUGCAUCAUUCCGUGGCGUGUUUUGGGCGUUUUCUCAGUCCAUUAAAGGGUUCCCACACUGCAGACCUCUAAUCAUAGUGGACACCAAAGACUUGGACGGUAAGUACCCUAUGAAAUUGAUGAUUGCCCAGGGAGUCGAUGCUGAUGAUUAUUUUUUCCCGCUUGCAUUUGCGAUUACCCAAAAAGCAUCCACCAAUAGUUGGCGUUGGUUUUUCACACAAAUCAGAGAGAAGGUUACACAAAGGAAAGACAUAUGCCUCAUCUCCAGUCCCCACCGUGACAUAGUCGCUGUUGUUAACGAACCGGGCUCUCUGUGGCAAGAACCCUGGUACUGACGUUGUAAUGCCAUUAGACAAAGGUGCGUUUCAGGUCACAAAGCCGUUACAGAAGGAUGGAUGGAUCGUCAGACUGAGUGAAUGCACCUGCACAUGUGGGGAGUUUCAAUCGGAAAAGUUCCCAUGUCUGCACGCUCUAGCAGUCUGCGAGAAGCUGAAAAUCAACCCUUUGCAAUAUGUAGACGACUGUUACACUCUUGAACAACUACACAAAACUUAUGCAGCCACGUUUUAUCCUGUUCCAGAAGUAUCAGCUUGGCCGGAAGCUUCUGGAGUUCCAACAUUGUUCCCUCCACCUCCAGUCAUUCUGCCACCACCGCCUCCACCUGCAGUCAUUCGGACUCCACCUAACGUAUCAAGUAAGCCCCCAACACAAACCUAGUACUUGCACUAGUAAGAAGAUGAGCUGAAAGUAGGAUUAAACUGGUUUGGGUUAUAUAUAUUGUAAUGUCGUAAAAAAGACACUACGUGCUUUUGUUUGUGAAUAAGUAAAACAAUGCUGUGUGAGAGUUACGCAUUUUGGUAA